UUUCUUAAUAGGUUUUGAGGUUGGAAAAGGAAAAACCAAAAAAGCGACAAGAAGGCUAUUUUGUCUUUGAAUUCGAUCGUAACUCUUUCUCCGAUCCAGAAACAGUAGUAGUUUCGCUCUUCCAACUCAGCUCUUUUCUCUCAGAAUCCACUUUACCUGGAAAACAAAAGCCCCUUGGAUUCUAGGGCAAAGUUUCCAACCAAACUCGAUUCACUCCGAUUCAUCGUCGUCGGAAGCAGUAAUUGCGGUGGAGCAAUGUUCUUCAGCGGCGACUCGUCGGCUCGGAAGCGAGUCGAUUUAGGAGGGCGUAGUUCCAAGGAAAGAGACCGUCAGAAGCUUCUUGAGCAGACUAGGUUAGAGAGGAACCGUCGCUUGUGGUUGCGACAGCAGAACUCCGCCGCAAUCAAAAUUCAGAAAUGCUUCAGAGGAAGAAAGGCAGUGGAAGCUGAACGUCUGAGGGUGAGAGAGCAUUUCUUUAUGACUUAUGGGAAGCGUUGCCAAAAUGUGGACAGGCAUUCUUUUGGGCUGGAUUCUGAUUUUCUCCGCCAGUUACUUUUCUUUUUUAAUCCACAAAAUGUUGCUGAUUUCUCUGCUCUUGUGGAGACAUGCCGAUUACUUCAACAAUUUGUCCGAGAAAGCGCAGGAGGUAUUCUGAGCCUCUUUGCAGGCGUUGACUAUUCUUCUAAGUACGCUGUAGUUGACUACAGAGUGAAACAACUUGCAUAUGCUUGUAUUCGUGGUGUUCAUCAAAAUAGAAAUCAGUUGAAGGAUCAACUGUUUAUGACGUCUGAUAAAUCCAGUACAUCAACAAUCCUCUUGUUAGAGGCAGUCGUUAUGUUGAUUGAUCCCGGACUUCCUUGGUCUUGUAAGAUAGUUGGCUAUCUCUUGCAAAGAAAUACGUAUUACUUGUUGAGAGAGAUUGUUCUCACUGGAAAGGAAAGUAUAAAAUUUCAAGAUUCUGUUGGGAAAAUAUCUUCUCUGGAGAGUAUCCUUGCCCUCAUUAUACCUCAUGUUGGUCAGAGAUCAUGUGUUUGUGCUAAUAUUGAUCCCCGAUGGAGUUUCUCAUCACAAAUUCUUACAAUUCCUUUCUUGUGGAAGCUUUUUCCAUAUCUAAAAGAGAUUUUUGCAACACGGGAGCUGAGUGUACAUUAUAUUCAUCAGAUGGCAUUAUGUGUGCAAAAUCAUGCUAAUGUUUUACCUAAUGAUAUAGCAACUGAAUUUCCGGGUUAUGCCUGCCUUCUUGGCAAUCUAUUGGAAACAGCUGGAGUUGCUUUUUCUCAGCCUGACUGUUCAUUUGAUAUGGCCAUAGACUUUGCAGCUGUUGCAACAUUUUUGCUGGAGGCGCUUCCUCCUAUGCAAUCAUCUAACAAAGAAAGUAAAGAAGUGGACGAGGAUGAAAUAAUUGUUGGUGAUGAAAUGAUGGAAAAAGGUCUUAAUAAGGAUUUGGAACUACAGAUUUCCAAUGCAAUAGACCCACGGUUUCUUCUACAAUUGACAAAUGUUUUGUUUGGAAGGAUUUCAUUUGUCAAUGGUUCAUAUGAAGAAGGGGCUCAUGGUAAAGAGGUGGUAGCUGUUGGUGCUGCUUGUGCUUUCUUGCAUGUGACUUUUAACAUUUUACCCCUUGAGCGUGUUAUGACUGUACUAGCUUAUAGAACAGAGCUUGUUCCUGUAAUAUGGAAAUUCAUGAAGCGAUGCCAUGAGAAUCAGAUGUGGUCAGCAUUGUCUGGGCAAUUAUCAUAUCUGCCGGGAGAUGCACCUGGCUGGCUGUUACCUUUGUCAGUUUUCUGCCCUGUGUACAAGCACAUGCUUAUGAUAGUUGAUAAUGAGGAGUUUUAUGAGCAGGAGAAGCCACUGUCAAUAAAAGAUAUCAAAUGCUUAGUUGUUAUCUUAAGACAGGCGCUAUGGCAGCUCCUAUGGGUGAAUCCUGUCACCCCCCCCAACCCAGCCAAGUGUACUGCUGACGUCUUUACUCUUAAGAGGCACCCUUUAGAAUUUAUUCAGCAUAGGGUUAGCAUUGUAGCUUCUGACCUUCUGUCACAGUUGCAAGAUUGGAACAACAGACGGCAAUUUACAGCCCCUAGUGAUUUCCAUGCUGAUGGCGUUAAUGACCAUUUUAUUUCACAGGCUAUGAUAGAAAAUAGUAGAGCUCAUGAAAUACUGAAGCAUGCUCCAUUCUUGGUGCCAUUUACAAGCAGAGUUAAAAUAUUUACUUCACAGUUGGCGGCAGCAAGGCAAAGACAUGGGCCGCAUGCUGUUUUUACAAGAAACCGAUUUAGAAUACGAAGGGAUCAUAUUUUGGAAGAUGCUUUUAGUCAGUUGAGUGCAUUAUCCGAAGAGGAUCUUCGAGGGCCGAUUCGCGUCACAUUUGUGAAUGGAUUUGGAGUGGAGGAGGCUGGUAUUGAUGGAGGUGGGAUUUUCAAAGAUUUCAUGGAGAACAUUACUCGGGCAGCUUUCGAUGUCCAGUAUGGAUUAUUUAAGGAAACAGUGGAUCACCUACUCUACCCCAAUCCUGGAUCAGGAAUGAUACAUGAACAGCAUCUCCAGUUUUUUCAUUUUCUUGGAACUGUUCUUGCAAAGGCGAUGUUUGAAGGGAUUCUUGUUGAUAUACCAUUUGCAACAUUCUUCUUGAGCAAAUUAAAGCAAAAGUACAAUUAUUUGAAUGACUUACCUUCCCUGGAUCCAGAGUUAUAUCGCCACCUUAUUUUCUUAAAGCAUUAUGAAGGUGAUACUUCAAAGUUGGAAUUGUACUUUGUUAUUGUGAACAAUGAAUAUGGAGAGCAAACAGAAGAAGAGUUGCUUCCCGGAGGGAAAAGUAUACGUGUUACUAAUGAGAAUGUCAUUACAUUUAUUCAUCUUAUAGCCAACCAUCGUUUGAAUUCUCAGAUACGCCAACAAAGUUCCCAUUUUCUGAGGGGAUUUCAACAGCUUAUACAGAAAGAUUGGAUUGACAUGUUUAAUGAACAUGAACUUCAGCUUCUGAUAUCUGGAUCACUUGAUGGUUUUGAUGUUGAGGAUCUUCGAGCCCAUACUAAUUAUGCGGGUGGCUAUCAUAGUGAGCACUAUGUCAUUGAUAUGCUUUGGGCGGUUCUCAAGAAUUUUUCCAUGGAAAAUCAGAUGAAAUUUUUGAAGUUUGUAACUGGGUGCUCUCGAGGACCUUUGCUUGGAUUUAAAUACCUUGAGCCUUUGUUCUGCAUACAGAGGGCUGCUGGUAAUGCUUCUGAAGAGGCUCUUGACCGAUUACCAACAUCAGCUACUUGUAUGAAUCUUCUAAAGCUUCCCCCGUACAGAAGCAAAGAGCAAAUGGAGCAGAAAUUGUUGUAUGCUAUAAAUGCUGAUGCUGGUUUUGAUUUGAGUUGAUAGCUAGAGAGCGUGUCUUUUCCUGUGCUACAUGUUAUGCGCCAGGUUCGUUUGAAGAGAAUCAUUGUAUCAACAGAGAAGGUACCCCAUGUGAUGGUCCGGUCAAUACUAGCUGGUGUAUGUUCAGAAUCAGACCAUCUCUGGACAACUGCAGAAGAUUAUCAAGACAUAGGAGUGAAGGGUACAUGGAACAUAUGUAGAUAUAAUGCAUAAUGUACAUAUACAUAGGUGGGUUCAUCUUUGAUAUAUAUCUUCUUUCAGUUGUUAAAUGCAUGACCUCUGGCAUGUGGGUAUAGUCGGGGGUUAUUGGUUGAUAAACUGUAAUUGAGUUCACACCUGUAUUAUUGUAAGUUUUUUUUUUUUUGAAUUGAAAAAACUUGAUUAUUUAUGCAUAUGAGGAUGAAAUGGGCUCUUGUAAGGGGGCUUUGGCUGCCGGAGUUGGUGGCCAGAGUGUGGUGGAGGGCUGUGGAGAGGUUGCCAGAGGCCACAGUGAUGAUCGUUGCCGGAGUAUUAGGAAAAUGGUACUUUGUUCAUGCACCUGAAAAAUGUAUGAAUAAAUUCAUUUUCGUUUUAGGAAAUAUAGCCCAUGGUUUUGCUUUUCAAGCACUUCUCCAGUUGAACAGAAAAAAGAAAAAAAUGGUCCCACAAUUGCUCUUGUAUAGUUUCUCACUAUGGUGAUCGUUAUCAAGGAUAUACUUGUGGCA